AUGGGCGACAGCUACGCCGCGAACCGCGGCACCUUUCAGGCGGCCUACGCCCACGCGUUCUGGGAUAGGAUGCGGGCGCGGCCGAACGUCGCCGCGGCCGUCGACUGCGCAGAGCGCGUCGUCGACGUCGGCUGCGGCACGGGCGAAUUCACCGCGGCGCUGGCGGAGCUCCUGCCGGACGCGGCCGUCGAGGGCGUCGACAUCUCGCCGGACAUGGUCGCGCGUGCGCGGCGGUCGUUCCCGCGCGUCGCCUUCGCCGCCGCGGACCUCGCGGCGAACGGCGACGCGCCGAGCGGGCCCUUCGACGUCGCCACCUCGACGAUGAUGCUCCACUGGCCGGGCCCCGACGCCGCGCUCCUCGCCGGCGUCGCGGCGCUCCUGGCGCCCGGCGGCCUCUUCCUCGGCGGCCUCCACGGCGCCGGGUCCUGCCAGGAGGGCGUCGACGCGCUCGAGGCCGCCGCGGCGAAUCGGGGCCGCGCGCUUGCGCUCGACGCCCUGCCGACGAUGUUCCGGCGCGACGGGCCGGACGCGUGGCGGGCCGCGCUGGACGCCGCGGGCUUCGAGGCCGUCGACGUGCGCGAAGAAGUCAUCGUCACGCCCUACUCUGACGUGGACGAAGCGCGGCGGCGCCUCGCGGCCGCGUGGCCGCCGAUCCUCGCGGGCCGCGUCGACGACGACGAGAUCGCCGCGCUCGUCGACGACGCGGCGGCGCUCCUGGAUGUCGGCGACGACGAGGUCUUCUCGCCGAUCGUGCCGGAGGAGAAGCGCGAGGACCAGGGCCAGGGCAUGAGCGCGCACCAGUCGGAGGGCUACAGCGCGCCGGUGAAGCACGAGGGCUGGCUGAGCUGGGCGACGCCGAGCGGCCAGAUCAAGCGCUACUACCAGCUCGUGGGCUGCUACCUCAUCCGCUUCAAGGACGAGAAGAGCGCCAAGGGCACGGCCAUCUUCCCGACGUACGUCCACGGCGUCGAGUCGAUCGUCGAGGGCGCGCAGGAGGUGUCCAAGGAGUUCAUCGCCGACAUGGAGAACCGGGGGUCGAGCUUCUACCUCUACACGCCGACGCGGACCAUGACGCUCUACGCGGGCAACAUCAAGGAGCAGAAGGCGUGGAUCGCGGCGGUGAACGACGCGCUCAAGGAGGCGUACACGGCGGACGAGAUCGCGAAGAAGGAGGCGUCCCAGGCGGCCAUGCGGCCCCUGCUGCUGGACCAGGCCCAGAUCCAGUUCAAGCGCAUGAACGUCAUCCUGUCGAAUUUGCGCGCCGCGGGCUUCGUCGCGGAGCAGGAGAAGAUCAAGUCGAAGAAGAAGGGCUACCUCGAGUUCCAGCGCGUCGAGUACGAGGACGAGCAGUUCUACGCGGACCUGCUCACGGACGAGAAGCCGGAGGAGGCCCAGUUCAGCAAGAUGUACUGCGUGCUCCGGUCGGACCAGACCAUCGUCUACGGCGCGACGGAGCACGAGGCCAAGUCCGACCCCGAGGGCAUCAUCUCGCUGAACCACCUCCACGUCGUCCUCGACACGGAGACGAUCGAGAAGACGGGCAAGAUGAUCUUCUCGCUGGUGACGCCCCUGCGCACCUUCGUCAUGAAGGCCGCGCACCAGGUCGCCCUCGAGGAGUGGCUCCGCGCGAUCAUCAAGGUCACGGCGAAGCUCGACGACCAGGGCAACACGCUCGCGGCGCUCAACGAGCUCUCGGCCAUCGAGUCCGUCACGGACAUCGACCUCCACAUGGUCCUCGACGACGACGCGGGCAUCGAGGCCUACGAGCACUACAUCGAGGAGGCCGCGGCCGACAAGCCGGGCAUCCAGACCAUCUUCAACUGCUGGAAGCUCGCGAAGGAGUACAAGGACGCGCACGAGUACGAGGACGACGGGCCGGGCCACCAGGACCACAUGAAGAAGCUCGAGCAGCAGAUGAUCUCCAAGUACCUCGGCGGCGACGGGUUGCCCGAGGACGUGUCCAAGGAGCCCCAGGAGGACUUCAAGAAGGCCGUGUCCGACGGCCAGCCGCCGCCCAUGGGCGCGCUCCGCGCCGUCUGCCUCACGAAGCUCAUGGAGAAGACCUACGAGGGCUUCAAGGAGACGCCCGCCUACAAGGCCUACGUCGACGAGGCCAAGGGCGGCGGCUCCGCGGAGCCCAUCCCGCAGGACGCGCAGCGCCUCCUCAUCUACACGCCCAACGACCCCUCCGCGCUCAAGAAGCGCCUCCAGAAGAUGACCCACGCCAAGACCAAGCUCAAGAGCGUCGGCAAGAAGGACGACGGCGAGAAGAUCUACGAGGCCUGGACCUUUCUGAAAUCCAAGGAGGGCAAGGACAAGUCGACGACGAUCGGCCGCGACCACAAGCAGGACGUCGCCGUCGACGACGACAAGAAGGUGAGCCGCGAGCACGCGCGCAUCGACUGCACGGGCGACGGCAAGGUCAUCUUCAUGGACCUCGGCUCCAGCCACGGGUCCAAGGUGAACGGCAAGUCCGUCGCGGGCCGCGUGUCGCUCGCCGUCGGCGACGUCAUCAAGCUCGUGCGCGAGGGCGUCGCGCGGUCGCCCGCGGACCUCUUCGACCUGCUCGACGACCGGGACGCGGCGGCCCGGCGCCUCGAGGCGCUCGACGGCUGGGCGUCCACGUCCGCGGCGAAGCUCCUCGACGCGCUCGAGGCCCGCGCGGCGCGGCCGCUGCCCCUCGCGGACUUUGUGUACGCGCUCGGCGCGAACCGCGUCGGCAAGGCGACGGCGAAGCGCGUCGCGGCCCUCGCGGGGACCUGGGGCGCGCUCUGGGCCGCGCUCGACGCGGACGACGCGACGGCCGCGGGCGCGGACCUCCGCGCGGCGCUCGCGGACGCGCGCGGCGUCGGCGACGCGGCCCUCGCGGGCCUCCGCGAGCUCGCCGCGGACGCCGACGACCGCGACGUCGCCGCGCGCGCGGCCGCGCGGCUCGCGAUCGCCCCCGACGACGGCUAG